AUGGGACUUGUGAUGAGCAUUUUAUCAGUGUACGGAGAGGAACACGAACGGAUCUGUAAAUUUUGUUACGGCGACGAAGGACCUGAUUCAAGUUGGUUGCAUCCUUGCAGGUGUAUUGGCACACUUUAUUGGGUACAUCAUAAAUGCUUUGAAUUAUGGAUGACAAGGGCUUCUGCAACCCAGCAAUUACAAUGUCAAACAUGCAAAUAUAUUUAUCAGAAAAGCUGGGUAUUAAUGCCACCGUCAGAAUGGCAUCUUCCUUAUUUGGAUCUAAACAUGUGGCAAUGGGUGGAAAUCCUUCUCGAUAUCUAUUCAACUUAUAAAUUUGUCCGCGGAUUCAUUUGGACGAUAGAAGGGCGCAGAUCUAUUUUCAUGCAGUGCAUCCAUUUCGUGUUCUGGAGAACAUUCAUCAUGUCAGAUAGAAGGAUUGCCUGGUAUUCAGCGCUAGGAAGAACACUUCUCUCAGGAAUUUUCAAUGUUAAUGUAUUGCCAUAUUCGGAGAAGAAGGAAUCAACCGAGGAAGACGAAUUACGCGAUGAGCAAUCGAGAAUGCUUCUCGAAGUUGAACGCGACGCCUGA